AUGGCUCCAGAGGUGAUUCGAGCUUGCAAAGGAUCAGAAUACGAUGGACGAUGUGACUGGUGGAGCAUCGGCAUCAUUCUGUACGAGUGCAUUUACGGACAUACCCCCUUCUUUGCUGACGAUGGUCGGAAGCAGACCAAGAGCAACAUCCUGGACCACAAAAACAUGUUUUCAUUUCCGCAGCGACCGCUCGUCAGCGACAAGUGCAAAGAUUUGAUUUUUCGACUGAUUCAAGACAAGGAGGUUCGGCUGUGCUCGAGGCGGUAUCAGAUGAAAGAUCGCUGCCAAGCUGACGACCGGAGGUUCGCCGAUGUCUUUGGGCGGCAUGUCUUUCCUGACGACGCAGAAGAUAUCAAAUCUCAUCGAUGGUUCAAAAACUUUCCGUGGGACCGCAUACACACCAUCAGCCCACCAUUCAUACCACGAAUUACUAGUCUCGAAGACACGCAUUACUUUGACGAGUCUGGCCCUUUUACCGAACCAAUAGGCUCGUACGAGCUUGAUACUGUGGACCACAAGGCUGAUGAUGUCCGCUGGGUGCUGAGAGAAUGUCGGCCAGUGGUACAGAACAUGGCCGCCGACAUGCUCGCGACGCCAUAUGAUUCCGCAAGACUGCGAAGUGCUGAUCGAAGGAUUGACAGGACCUUCAACAUAACUCCCGAGGAAAGGAAAACCCUCAAAGCGUUUCUCCGCAUGUAUGGGAGAAAAGAGCGAAAACGGCCCAGGGACAUUUUAUUGCGAGACCAGAGCACCAAGAACGUGGCCAUGGACGUGCGGAAGAAGACGGCGUUUCUGGGAUACACCUGGCGUCGAAUGCGUCCCGGGGGUUACAUAGCGUCCAACCUGGGCAUCGUAUGA